AUGGGCGACUACAAGACACAAAAAUCCACCAUCGACCUCCUGGUCAAGAGACGUCUCGUGCCCCUCGGAUACAAGAAACGCAUAAAGAUCCGAGGACGAGACAAGGUGCAGACUAGCAAACAGGGAGUCUGGGAGAUGAGAGCGAAUGAAUGGGCUUUGAGACGGUGGCCCCUUAUUGAGAGUUUGGAGGACGAAGGCAGGUACACAACCUCGCAACUGCUCGGGAGGCUGCAUCACUUGCUUUUGUAUGGUGAAGCACCGACUUUUGAGUUUGCGCUCAAACUCUUGUGCAACGCUAGCGAUUAUAUCGCAGACUCGCCUUCGGUCAAGGGGAAAGAGAGGGAAAGGCAGGGAGGCGAGGUGGAUGUGUUGAACCUCUAUCUGGCGUAUGCGCCACGUUUGGCCCCUGCCGACUCGCUCCUCAGCACCUUCGCCUCCGCCUUCCCAUCAAUCAGAUUGAACCGCCAAUCACUGCACCUAUCCAUCUUCUCCCUCCUCUCCCCACCUUCCCCCGCCGCCCAAGCGCACCAAGUCACCCAAAAACAAGUGCUAGCGAUGCUAGAAACGUUUCUGAGUAAGGACAUCUUGCCCGGGUUGGAGACGUGGCGCCAUAUUGGCAAGUUUGCGACGAAAUUUGGGAUCAAGGAUCUGGGGAAAGUGGGGUGGGAGGGGUGGUUUGGGAGUUUGGGGUAUGCUGAGGCGAGGGCGUUACUCGGGCCUCUCUCCUACUCUCCAAAAUCUAGAUUUGAUGGCCAAUUGGGAGCAGACGAGCAAGGGGCAGAAGGACCAGAGAGUUGGCAACUCAGAUUCCAACAUCUCGGUGCCCAAAAGACGCGCUGGGCGAGAAUAGUAGGGAGGAUGGAGAAGAAGGGAUGGGUACAGAAGAGUGAAGCGGGAGAGGGGAGGUGGGGGUACGUUUGGAAAGAUGCUGAGGGGCCCGUGGUGGGAGAGGUCGUGGAGAAGCGAGAGCCAACAGAGACAAAAGGCUUGGCGGAGUCACGGCAAGAGAAGGAGGAGAAGGAUGAGGGUGAGGGGAAGGAAGAGAGCAAGGCGGCCAAAGGAGAUGUUCGCAAACCUCAUCAACGAGACUUGCGAACCCUCCUUUUCCGGCCUCGUAAUCCGUAUUACCCUCGAGUACCUCAGGUCGCUCAACGGCAUAUCCAGUCUUUACGACCAGGCGCGCCUUCGCCGCCUCCCUCCUCUUAA